AUGAGACACUCAGAUUUGAGUCUCAACUUCAUGUUCCUCCUCCUCCUUGUUUCUUAUCAUCAUCACUGCGGUACCGCAGAAGCACAGCCGACAAAACAACAACAACAGUUUCCUUACGGAUCUCCAACAACUAUAUGGGAUGUGCCGCCGCUUGGUGUAAUUGUUGGAGCCGCCAUUGCAACAUUUCUCUUAAUUUCCAUCUUCUUGUUGUUCCUGCGCUACUACUUAUGGUCUGAGUCAUCAAAAUGUGAAGCUUCCAUUGGUAUCAAGCCUCGACUUCUCAAAACUUUCCCAAUUCUACUGUACUCUUCCAUCAUGAAACAUGUUAAGGAAGGUGAUGAAGGUACUCUACCAUGUGCUGUGUGUCUCGCUGAAUUUGAUAAUAAUGACACCAUUCGUGUGUUACCUCAAUGUAAUCAUUUCUUUCAUCCUCCAUGUAUUGAUGCUUGGCUUUCUACCCAUGUCACUUGUCCUGUUUGUCGUACCAACCUCAGUGGUGGCUGUGGAAUUGAAACCGUGUAA